UCUCUCUCUCUCUCUCUCUCUCUCUCUCUCUCUCUCUCUCUCUCUCUCUCUCUCUCAGAUCUGGAGCCUCACGCUCAGCUCUCUCCAUCUGUUGGAGGUGCUGUGAUGACCAAAGGAGAAGGAAGAAACCUGGUGCUUCAGACGGAUGAUGAUGAUCUGGAGAACUGGAUUUGUUAUGUGUUGAGGGGAGUGAACACCUUCGCUAUAGGACUCGAUAUUAAUAAGGAGAUGAAGAGAGCUGUUUUUUUUGCAGAAUUUAAGGAGGCAGAAAGAGCCACUUUCUGGUGCAAGAAAAAUACAACAGUUCUUCGAAGCAAUGCAGUGACGCUGAAAAUGACAGAGCUCAUGGUGAUGUUGGUUCCUCCGGCCGUUCCUGCUCUGAAGGGGGAGAAUUUGACCCUCAGAUGUGAAGUCUGGGGUAAACCAAAGCUGGACAAGGCCGUCUUCUAUAAGAAUAAUAAAUCACUCCCAAAGAGCUCACCUGAAGACACCUACACCAUCACCAAUGCCACACAAAGUGAUAACGGCAUGUACAGCUGCCACGCCACCUACAGGUACACACACAUCAGUGCAAAAGCUGCAAUGAAGGACGGAGAUGCUGAUGCUCAGGAGUUAAAAGUUAUAGGUGGACCUCCUGCUGCAGUGAUUUCAGCAUCUGCUAACAGUCUGAAGUGUUCCUGUCCUGACUGUCCUGCCAGCUGCACAUCCUACCACUGGUAUCACACACCCUUUAAUGACCCAUUCACUCGCGAAAAACGAUCUGAAAACGAUGAGUCUAUUAACGUAGAGAAAGAAGGAGAGUACAGAUGCCGGAGGGACUGUGGGAACGGUUUCUCCCGUUUCAGCGACAUCCACAACUACACAGAUCAACCAGUGGAGUUCGGACACAUGUGGUACAUUCUGGUCCCAGCCCUGAUUUUGUUCGUGAUCAUCAUUGUGCUGAUCAUUGUGCUGAAGUACAGAAGAUGUGGAAGAAUGGGUAUACAAGCACCUGGACGGGAUGCAGAUCAAGACACUCUGAUGAGUGUACGCUAUGUACGCUAAACAGAGGCAGUUCUGAAGGUAAAAGUGUGUCCAUCCCAGUACUAGCAAGGUGUACCUUAUAAAGUGGUCAGUGAGUGUAUAACAUAUAUGUUGUGCUCAUCAUUAUACAGUUUGGGUUGGUAGAGUGGUUUGUGUGCACAACUGGUAUGUUGUCAGAACCUUUAAUUUUAAGUUUGAAUCUGGGGUGAAGCUUAAAUAUGAUUAUAAUAUAUAUUUGAAAGUUCUGUUCUUGUAAUGUGUUGUAACAUCUCUCUGACAAGUGGAUCAACUCUUUGUGAAUAUGAUAUUUUGGUUAUGAAAAAUAUGAACAUUAAUAAAAGACAUCAAGCC